AUGAGGGAAUUUGAGCUUCAAAGGAUGAAAGAGUCUGACACAAUCAAGGAAUACUCAGACAAAUUGUUGGGCAUUGCCAACAAGAUAAAGCUACUAGGCAGUAACUUUGCAGACUCCAGAAUUGUUGAAAAAAUUCUGGUAACAGUGCCAGAGAGGUAUGAAGCAUUUAUUGCUUCGUUGGAGAACACAAAAGAUCUGUCCAAAAUUACUUUUGCAGAAGUAAUACAAGCUCUCCAAGCUCAAGAGCAGCGAAGAUUGAUGAGGGAAGAUCAUGUUGUUGAAGGUGCUCUUCUAGCCAAAAGCCAACAAGCUAGAAACUACAAGAAGAAUCAUCCAGGCAGCAGUCAUAGCAAUGCAACUAAUUACAAAGGAAAGGGUGAAAAGAAAAGUUACCCACCUUGUCAGCACUGUGGCAAAAUGGGUCAUCCUCCAUUCAGAUGUUGGUAG